GUACAAAUACAUUGAGCAGGUUUAGUUGUUACCACAGAGUACAUUAGUUGUUACUUUUCAAUCAUGUCUUAUCCCAAAAUGUACAAAUUAAUUCAAGUUUUGCUAUUUAUGUCUUUAUAUUUAAUGCAAAUAUCUAACGGUUCCAAAGCCGAAUUUGUAACUUGCGGUACAAUUUUAAAAUUAAUAAAUACGGACUUGAGGUUGCGACUUCACUCUCAUGAUGUUAAAUACGGUUCAGGUUCUGGACAGCAAUCUGUUACUGCUGUAGACGUAUCCGACGAUAACAAUAGUCAUUGGCUUGUGAGGCCAGCUAUGGGGGAGACUUGCAAACGAGGAGAACCUAUAAAAUGUAAUACAAACAUUCGACUUCAGCAUGUAGGGACCAAAAAGAAUCUACACUCCCAUUACUUCUCAUCACCAUUAUCGGGAAACCAAGAAGUAUCUUGUUAUGGUGAUGAGGAUGGUGAAGGAGACAGUGGUGACAACUGGACUGUUGUUUGUAAUAACGAUUAUUGGAGAAGAGACACACCUGUAAAGCUGAGACAUGUUGAUACUGCAGCAUACCUUGCUGGAUCAGGAAGAACAUUUGGCCGGCCGAUAAAUGGUCAAGGAGAAAUUGUAGGUGUCAGCUCACAAUAUGGUACAUACACAGUCUGGCAGGCGAAAGAAGGACUGUUUAUUCACCCGGGUGAACUGAUGCCCCACCAGCAUGCUAUUCAUACAGAAUUGUAAUGUUUACUACAUUGUAUAUUAGUUUAAACUCACAUAAUUAUUUAAUUUUAUUCCACUAGCCACACGCGGUGUUUUGUGAUGUUAAUAUUAUAUUAUUUUUAAAAUGUAGAUAAAUAUAGUGUUGGUUCCUAAAGUAUGAAUGAAUUAUUUAUAAUAACCAACUUUAUUUUAACCAUUUCAACGCCAAGCUAUGGCGUUGAAGAGUAUCUUAAUAGAUUAUAACAAUACAGGUUUUUACUUGAUUGAAAUAUAUAUUGAGUGUUUUAAGACCUACAAAGUAAGGCACGACAAAGUUGAACUUCUAUAGUGUCGUCGAAAAGGAUAAAAGUCAAUUCAAAGUGUGGUCAUGUAUUUGGUACGUAAAUCAAUGAGAAUUAGAAUAUAAUAAAAUAUUUUAGCCACACAUAUCUUUGAAUGAGUAAAAAGGCGCCUAGAUGCGUAAUCACCAAAUAAAUUUUGUAAUUUUCAGUUCAAUGUAGAAUAAAACUAGCAUAUAUUUUUAGCACUGGACAAUUUUGAAGUUAGGUUUUGCAGAAUUAAUUUUAACCACUAUAUAAUAUAUAUAGGUAGAUGGAUAGGCAAACGAGACAUUUUGGGAUUACAUGGUUUUAAAGGAGAAUACUUACAAUUUUAGUCACUUGUUCAUUCAACAGUUUCUGACAAUGAAUCACCGACUAAAUGAGUUUUGGCGGGAACUUGACCGGCGCGGCGGCGUAUUUGUGCUUCUGUAUUAUUGUUUAAAUAGUAUUUUGAAGUGGAUUUUGAUAUAUAAGUGGUGCGAUUUUGUGUAUUAAAUGUCUGCGCAUGUGAACUAUUAGUGGAAACGGUGAAACAAGUGCUCUGAUGGUGAUGUGAAUCUCAAGAUAAGGUGUGUCUGCUUAGGCGCCUUGAGAUUCUAUCGACAACUGUCUGCUGGCUCAAGUUGCCGUCAAAAUCUCCAAAAAACUACGCUAUGUGACGCAUCAACAUAAUGUGUGAAGCAGGUACUGUAAAGGAUUAUUAUCACAUACUGAAAUAAAUGAAGUCAUGGCUUAAAGGACAAGUAUCCAAGCCAAAAUCUUAAUAAAGACUACUGAAAAGACUACUAACUUGUCGACAACCACGCGCGUUUUACCUUACUUUUAGGCAGACAAAAUGUUUACUGCGUAUAUGAAGUUUAGCACUCAUAGUUUGUGCCACUACUUACUAAUGUAAAAUCAACCAUACCCUCGUACAAACGAAAAUUAUUUACGCUUAGCCCAAACGCAAUGAAUGAAAAGAAAGGAUGAAAAAAAAGUUUUUAUUAUAAUUAAAAAGUUUAUUGUCCAAUGUUUGUUUACACGAGGUAAAGACCUCUGACAAACUUUUUAAGUUAAAUAUGUGUGCUUCAAGAGUUGUAUUUAUAAUACUGAUUUUGUGGACAUAAUGAUAGAUACUUUUGACAUUAUAAAGACGGUAUAUAAUAUUGAAUGUUCUCUAUAAUGUAUUAUGCAUUAUAAGAAAGAGACUAUUGUCAAAAAAGAAACCUGUGAAUGUGUGGUACUUCUAAAUGUUACUGAAGCACUGAAACAACUGUUAUAAAAAUAUAGCUACAAAACUAAAUAAAGAAUUCAAAAUGAUUACAAUUCUGCCUGCACCUGGCCCAAUCAGUCAUGGUGCAUUGCUUACCCUUUCCCUCAAUAAUGGUCAAGUACAACUAAAUUGUUUUAUCUAAACAAAUGUAAAUAAUUCGAAGGCACAUGAAUAAAAUGUGAAUAUGUUUAGUUUAACAAUUUAUAAAUGCAUUGAGGUGUCAAUCACACAACUUUAAUGUAAUCAAAAUAUUGUUAGUGCGUUGUGAGUAUUGCUAAGAAUUUUUGAUUUUAUUUAAAGUUUCGCGAAACUGAAAAACAUUGCUCUAAUGUGUUUUAUAUUACACUAAUUUAAAUUGUGCUAGGCAUAACUUUAAAUAACCUAAGUUUGAACACAUACAUUUUGUUGGAUAUUUUAUUGUUUUAACAGUAUCAAUAUAGAAUAUUUUUGCAAAAAAUGAACAAGGUGCUUAAAAUAAAAGCUGCUUUGGACAAAUUUUUGAGAUAUAAGGUAAUAAAGAAUAAAUGUAAAGGUUACAGCUACUCAAAGAAAAUGUUGUCAAAUCUAAUGAACUACAUAUCCAAUUUUAUAUUAAUUUACAAAGAAUACAUUUACAAAUUUUAAAUUAUAUAAAUAACGUUCAGAGAAAUUGUCACUACAAUUUAGUGUUUGUAGAAAUGGAAAUGCCUCUGUUAUGAUUUAUGAAUAUUAAUUAAUUUUAAAUCCAAGACAUGUAUGUUAUAUUGAAUUUCAAGUAUCCAAUUGACUAUCAAGAUUUUUAAAUAGUUUGCGAGUUCUGGUCGUUAAUGACUUGGUUUUAUAUUAAAUUAAUUAAGGUAUGGACAUUUUCAAAAUGUUGAUUAUAAUGAUCACCAACAACAGAAUAAAAAGGGUUUAGAUAUUUUUAAGUGGUGUUUAUAUUUAUUUAGAAUAUUCAAACUAUGUUUUUUUCAUGUUAUACUACAAGCUUGCAG